GGUGUACGUGAUGCUACCGAUCAUGGGGAAAACUGUCCAACGCUAAGUCCACUCAGCGAUUAUGGAGGAAGCGAAGACUGCCUUUUCAUCAACGUGUACACACAAAAUUUGAUCGGAUCUCGACCGGUUAUGGUGUGGAUUCAUGGUGGAGCCUUUGUGUUGGGUUCCGGUGACUCUAGGAUGUACGGUCCGGAUCAUUUGGUGCAGGAAAAUGUGGUUAUUGUGUCCUUCAACUACCGGUUGGGUAUUCUGGGAUUCUUCAGUACGGGUGACACCCAUGCCCAAGGAAACUGGGGUGUGAAGGACUGCGUUGAAGCUUUGAGAUGGGUUCGUGACAACAUAGCGGCAUUCGGCGGAGACCCUAACAAUGUUACGAUUUUUGGAGAGAGUGCAGGUGGAGUACUGGUACACUUCCUGGUGUUGUCCCCGAUGGCUACCGGACUCUUCCACAAGGCAAUCGCUCAGUCGGGUACGGCACUAGUUCCAUGGGGCUUCCAGUAUAACGUACGGGAAAUGGCUCACAAUAUUGCUGAUGCUUUUGGAUACCCACGUGAAAGCGAAGAGCUCACCCGACUCUUACGGUACACUCCGAUAAGUGAAUUCGUCGCUCUUCAAACAUCUAUUACGGACAUUCCCAUUCCUCGCGGAUUUAAACCCUUCGAGUACGUUCCAAGCGCUGAACCGGUCAACUCCCCAGAGCCCACGUUUUUCACUCAACGUCCUAUAGAAAUAUUGCAUUCCGGAGCCUACAACCACGUUCCAAUGAUGAUCGGCUACACUAGUGCCGAAAGUCUAUUCAUGGUCCGGGAGCAUCUGUUGGAUUCAACUGUAUGGAACGAAUUCACUCGUAACCCACAUUUCUUCGUUCCACAUUUCUGGAACAUCCCCAGCAAUACUCCCGAAUCGAACGCAGUUAGUCAAGCAUUCCGCAAUUUCUACUGGCAGGACCGUCCCCUCGGACCAGACAUUAUGCUAGAGUGGACCAAAUUUCACACGGAUCAACAAUUCCUAUACGCCAUAGAUAAAACCGUCCGCCUAACGGCCCAACACAACUCGCAGCCUACUUUCUACUACAAAUUUACCUUCGAAGGCGAUCUGAACCUUAUGAAACGAAUGCUACUACUAACGGAUAUGCCUGGAGCUGUACACGCGGAUGAGCUGGCCUAUCUGUGGUCGAUAACAAACCUGCCCAUAUCGCCGAUUCUUCCGAGUAAUCCGGCAAACUUUGUUCGCCAGCGCAUGGUUCGCCUUUGGACCAACUUUGCCAUCCGCGGGCAUCCAACGCCAAAUUCGGAUGCGGAUCUGCAGAACAUCCAUUGGUCCGAGAUUCAAGGAAACGACAUGAUCUAUCUUGACAUUGGCGAAAAUCUAGUUGUGACACAGAAUCCAAACCAGGAACGCAUCGAUCUGUGGAAAGAUUUGGAAGAACGUUACGCAAACGAUCCGUUCUAUUAUCCUUACUCAUAAGAUUUAUUUGUACAAAACGAAAUAAAUGCAAAACCACUUUCAAAA